UUAGUUGAUUGGUUGGUUAAUCCAGAGUUUAAUAAAUGAUGCUUUUUUCUGGUUAUUGUUACAACUUUUUUGGCAACUUUUAAGCUGACAAGGUCCGUUAACCUUGGCAAGUUGCAUUGCGUUUCUUCCAUACUGACCAUAAUGGUGAAAAACAUUUACAUCUAAUCAGUUUUUAUCCUUGCUAAAGAUUUGACCAAUUUCCGGGGAACCCACAGAGAGUCGAAGGAACCAGGCAACAACAACGGCAAUGUUAACCCAUGUUAGGAGUAAUUGAAAAAUAUAUAAUCAUUAAAGUAGUGAGAAAUGUAAAGGUGAAAUUGAGAGAAAGAUGAGAAUCGAAAGGAUGAGAAUGAUGAUGUUGAAUGUAAGGUUAUAAUAAAUAGACUCCUCCUUGCCAGUCUCAGAUGCUUACGAGUUUAGAACAAGUUCAAAGUUUUCGUCUUUUCUUCGUCGAUUUGCUUACAUGUAAUAAUAAGCAAAGUGACCUGACACUUUUGGGAUACAAAAGGAGUUAAAAGACUGAAAACAGGAUCACAAUCAAGUUGAACUUACCUACGUUUACAUAAGAAACCAAGUAAAAGCAAGUCAACUUGUAUUCAGUGUUAAUUUAGUAUUUUAUUUACUCUCUAUGUAAGUGUUUCAUUUGUGAGUUUAAUUUGCAAAAAAUUGUUCAACUGUUCAAUUGACCGUUUAAACAUCGAAACAUCAGUUGAUCAAAAAAGUAAAGUUAAACAAAGUUAAUUCAAUCAAAAAUGGUUUACUUCAUUUCAACAGUUUCACUCCUUUUACUAGUAACAGUUGAUGCGUACGAAUUGGAUGAAAUAACUUAUUUACCUAACAAUUAUUGGUCCAUAAUGAAGUAUGCAACAACACCAGCAGCAUAUUCAUCAGUCCCUUAUAUUAAAAGACAAGGUAUAAUUCCUGGACCUCGAGUAGGUCGAUCAUUUGCUCUACCUUAUGACCAUCAUUACCAUCAAUUGAUUACUAGUGAUUCAACCAAUAAUAAUGUUGAUAAUAACAAUUUAAAUAGUGAUAAUGUUAAAAGUAAGAAUGUUAAUAAUAACAAGUAUAAUAAUAAAUAUGAUAGUCUCGAUAACUUUCACCCUGAAUUGCAUGAUUUCCAAUCAUUGACUGGAUUCAAUAGUCGAGGUAAAAGAUCAUUAAGACUGAGUGAUAUUGCUUCAGCUGCAUCCUCCUCAUCUGCAUCAAAUCCCUCACCUUCUUCAUCAACUGGAUCGGCUGUUGAUAUGGCUUCGAUUGAGGACAGUCCAAGUCCGCAAAGCAUGGCAAUUUACUCUCGAUCAACCCGUCAACUGAUUCCAGCUCCAAGGGUUGGUCGCUCAUCACCAUCAUCAUCAUUAUCCUCACCUUACUUAUCGCCUAACCUUUUAACAGGUUUCAGUCAACAAGCAAGCACGUACAAUCGAGCCUCGGACGAUGAGGUCAACAGUUAUGAAGGUGAUCAACAACUUGGUUACACUAGUUUAGGUACUCAUGGAGGGAUUCAGUUAUUGGCUGUUCCAAGAAACUAUUUAAAUCCUUUCAUUGCUAAAGAUUUAUUCAAACGGGUUGCCUUGACACCGAGAAUUGGACGAUCAGAUGGUUCAUCAAUUGGCUCAAAGGGCUGGUUAGACGAUGAUGAUUACUAUAAUCGAAUAAUCAAAUCAUCAUUUACACCGCGAGUUGGAAGAUCUGUUGAUGCUGUUAAUGGAGACAAAUCAAUGAAAAGUUCAAAACCGUAAAAGUUUUCAAACUUUUAAUUGUUUCCUUUUACUUUAAUUUUCAUCUUCUUUUAUUUUCAGUUAAGAUCAUCAUGAUUGUGUGUGUUUAUUUAUCAUUCAUUUAACAUGGAAAUUGUUAUCAUUUUUUCAACAUUCAGUAGAUUCAUUCAAUUAGCAUGGAAACUUAACAACACUCUUUGAUUGUUUCACACCAAAUUAAUCAAAUUAAACAAUGUUAAUUGUAGUUCAAUUAGUGAUGAUAACUUUUCUGUCCUUUUCAUUGUGAAUAAAAAUAAAGUUAUACUUUUAGUUUGUCCAAUAGUCAAAA